AUGGAUAACAACAGCCAGGCCUCUACCAACUACCGCGAAGCCUUCCAACUCUUCGAUAAGCGAGGCAAUGGCCGCGUCGACCGCGGUGCUCUCGGCGACCUACUGCGCGCCUGCGGACAGAACCCGACCCUUGCUGAGAUUGCGGAUUUGGAGCGAGGAGUUGGCGCAGACUUCGACUUCGACACCUUCUCCAAAAUCCUCAACCGCCCCGGCGGUUUCCGCGAGCCCUUUGAUAUCGAAGAAUACAUUCGCGGCUUCCAGGUCUUUGACAAGGACCGGUCAGGCUUCGUUGGCAAAGGCCAGAUUAAGUACAUCUUGACGAAUUUGGGAGAGAAGAUGAGCGAAGAGGAGGUUGAUGAGUUGUUCAAGUCGACAAUCGAUUCGAACAAUAACGAGAUCGAUUACAGAGAGUUCGUCAAGACCAUCGCCGAGAAUUAG